GCGGAAGGCCGACACGCCCUCCGUCGAGGAGUGGCCGCGGAAGGGACCGCUCUGCCGGUCCCCGUCACCCGCGCCAACGCGCAGGAAAUCAAGCCGUGGUUGAAGGGUAAGGCCAAAGUGAUCAAGACGCUUCCCAUUUCUCCGUACACUGCAAAGGAGAACUGGGACUGGAAAGAGGGAAGAGGGGGAACCGGCGAUAGGACGCCGUGGACCGGCAAGACUAUUUUCAAGAUCAAAGAACAAAACAAGAAGGCUUUCGCAGGAGCAGCAGAGGAACGAGACCCAGUGGUCGAGCACCCCGAUCCUGAGAUCUCCGCAGCCAUCAAUGAGGAGGAAUACCUCGUUACCCCCGUCAAGGGUUGUGACUUUGCGUUCGAAAUAGGAAACUUUCCCAUCCUGAGGUCGAAGCGAAUGGAGCUGUUGCCCGGGGAUUUCACAUUCCCAAUGAGAUCCGAACAGCUCGCACUGCAGGAGAGCCUCCGUAAGCCGACCCUCGCAGAUCAGGACUGCUCGUGGGGAGACACAGAAGGUGCCGGAACACGCGCCCCGCCUGGGGAUUCGCCGGACGAGCCUUUGCCUCCGCCCGGUGUGCCUGAUUUGGACGGCUCCGAUUUGAAGGAUCGUUUGUCCGAGUACUUGGACCAAGUGGCCCAGGAAAACGAGGACUAUGUUCCCGAAGAUGUCGGAGCUGUGGAGGACUGGCUGGGGAGGGAUGCUCCUGGAUCUUCUAAGGCACAACGGGAGGCUGACAUUGAAAGAUUCGAACGCAAAAAGGCUCGUGAAGCCGAGGAAGAUGCUCGCAAGGCCCUUAGAGACUCCCCGGCCAUGCCUGUCAUCGCCGAGCCUGACCCCGCAUUGAAACAUGGGUUCGUCUCCCUCGAAACAGAUGGCCUAAAGAAUGGUCUGGGUAUGAAGAUCCUGUUUGCCCACUCAGUGUUGGUUUUACUGCAGUUCUACCCGACAUUUGGCAUUCUGUUUUCUACCAUGCUGAACUAG